AUGAAUAGUUUCAAUGACGAUCUAAAAGUGCUAGAUUUAGAUGUUGAUUAUGAUUAUGAUCUCCCAGUCCUCAUUGAUAAAUAUGAAAAUACGCUGAAAGAAACAUUACAGCAACAUGCCCCACAAAAACGACGAAUUAUAACUCUCCGUCCUCUAUCACCAUGGUACAAUGAAGAGAUUGGUCAAGAAAAAAGAAAUCGCAGGAAAUUAGAGCGCCGCUGGCGCGCAUCUGGAUUAUGUAUUGACAGACAGUUAUAUGUUAAACAAUGUGAGACAGUGAAUGCCAUGAUAAAGAAU